GAACUGGCGAAUCAUUUGGGAUAUUCAAUAACAAUGAGAGGUUCUAAGAAACAUUUUAAGAUGCUUUAUAGUAUUUUAAAGAUCUAGACAGACAACUUCAACACUAACACAAAGAAAGUUAGACCAAAUGCACCCCACCUUCCGGAAACGCUCUGAGACCAACAAGACCCACAAACCCACCCAAUCGUCAUGUCCAACAAACACGCGCUUCACUAGGUAACGAUGAAAUGGCAAUCAAUAUUUAAACACCACAUUUCAGAAAGCACCAUUGCCAGCUACAGAGUAAUUUGUUAAUUUAAUAAUCAUCUUAAGCAUCGCGCCUCUAUCUCUCUCUCCUCUCUCUUCUUUCCAGAGACGUCACCUGACUCUUGGUAUCUCUGAUAUUGCACUUGGUCGUUGAUUCUUUUAAGCUCGUUCCUACAGUCAUAUACCUUCCACUCAAUCUUGUACCUUGAAUGUGAUUGUCAGAUUUGCUUCCGGAUAUCUGCACAAAAAGAAACUGCGACACAGUGAGCACUUCUCAAUACGUACCCAAGAACAUAUUGUCUUUCAUUAUGACGAGAGUGGAAAUCAAGCCAGGCUCGCCUGUCGAGAAAAGGCUAAUAAAGAAUGAAGAUUCUGGGGAUGAAACUCUGCAACUGGGGUUACCGGAUAUCGCAGAAGAUAGUAUUUUCGAUGACGUAGAUGUCGAGGACGAAGAGUCGGAAUAUGUGGAUGGAAAUUUUGAAGGUUUGGUUUUCAUUAAUGGUAUUGAACACUUUGUUUGUCCAGGGUUUAAGAUCCGACAGCUUCCUGCACCAAUGAUUGUUAAAAGGUCUUUAAGAAUGCUUUAUAAUACUAUCGUCAAGGGGAAUCUAGUAUUAGAUCCAAAUUAUCAGAGAGCUAGCGUGUGGGACGAAGGGCGUGCUUCUACUCUUAUAACUUCAGUGUUGAUGGGAUAUUUCAUUCCUCCAAUCGUUCUUAAUGUCCAAACAGUAAUCAAGAAAGUGAAAGACGGCCGGAAAGAGGUAAAGCACAUGCGAAUCUGUGUUGAUGGAAAGCAACGCUUGACAUCGCUUUUUAAAUUUAUGAGCGGAGAGAUCGGCUUUUUGGACAAUUCACACCCGCCAAAAAAAUGGUACUAUUGUCAUCCAACUAUCAACGGUGUAUUGACACCGACUAGCAGCAGAAACAUCUGUCCAGAUGGAUUGAAGAAGUUUUUCGACGAAAAGGUCUUCUGUUGUUAUGAGUACGACCAUUUAACACAAGAAACUGAAGAAACUAUGUUCCAGCUUGUCCAGCGGGGAAUUGCUUUAUCACCAGCUGAAAAAAUGAGAGCAAUGUCUACUGAGUGGGCUAGAUUCACUCGCAUAUACGAAGAUGAUUAUGCUAUGGUGGUCAAUUUAUCAAAGCAAAGCCGUGCAUCAGGUUUCCGUCUUAUUCUCACUAUAUUUACGAUGAUUCAAGAAGUUCUUUCUGGAUCAACCAACGGUCGGAGGAAAAGAACUGUGCCUUCACUCCAAGCCAGUCCUCAAGCACUUAUGCGUGUCCUAGAAGAUCCAGAACCAAUAUCCAUGGGUCUCAAACUCGCUUUCAAGGACGUAUUCGACAGGUUUGAAUCACUGAUCAAGUUAUCAUCCACAAAGUUACCAGACGACCAAUACGAACUCCAAAAGAAUUCGGUAUUUGAUCCUGCUCCUGAAUUUCUAAAGGAGGCGGAUGUAAACCACGUCCGCACUUUUUCACCGCUAGAGUUAGUAGCCACAGGGAUUUUAAUAUCAUACCAUAAAGACAGGCGAUCAGACGACGCUCUUCUUUCAGACAUCAAAUCCCUACGUCGCUUCCUACGAUUGAAACAUAAAGAUCUACGAGUCAACGCUCAAUGCUGGGCCACGGCAUGGGAAUUCAUCUCUGAACAUAUUCAUCGGAAUCCCAAUUCCCAAAACAAUUUUGCACUCCGAUUACAAUCGCAUCGGGAAAAGAAUGGGUCUGGCAUUCCCACAGAAAGGGGAAGAAGGAGAGCAAGAUCCAAUUCGGAUUCUAGUGUGCUGUCGAGCUUAGAUUCUUUGUUCGAGGCUGAGGUUGAGGGGGACCGGGAUGAUUCGAGUGAGGGCCCAGAGAGUAGCCCUUCUGUGGCUAGUUCGAGUAAGAGGGUGUUAGUUGAUUCUGCUACAAGCGGAUCUUCUAAGAGGGUGAAGAGGUAAUCUUGCAUCAUUGACGCAACGUUUCACGCUGGUUGUUCUCUUAGUAAACCGUCUGACGGGAAUUCCGGUUGCUACAUUUUCUCACGGGUAAAGAGUAUUCUAAUCAAGGCUUGGCACAAUGGGUAGACUAGAUAGAGGUGUUUACGCCGGCGCUAGGCUUCGUGUUUGGGAACUUUGUUUGUGCCGGUUUACAGCAGGGUAUCAUGAAAGGUGUAUAUGAUAGGACUCCAACUUGAUUAUUGUACAAUAGAGAUACAGAGCGUUGAUUAAUCAGGAUAAUACGUAAACA